GACGCGAUGUCGCGAGAUUCUCGCGGCCGGACUGUGGGCGCAGCAUGGCGGACUCUGUACUGCUGCCCAGGCGGGGUCCGUGGCGCUCCACUUGGCUGCGGGCCCGCAAAGCGCGGUCUCAGCUCAUCCUCAGCCGCCGGCCCCGCCGCAGGCUCCGGACCCUACGCCCUGCCAGGUGUCGCAGCCGGCGGCGGAGCGGAGGCCCAAGGCCGCGGUCCCCAGCCCGAUCCCCAGCCCGGUCCCUAGCCCGGUCCCCAGCCCGACCUCGGCUGAAGACACAGCUACAUGUUGCCAGGCGAAUGUGUCUUUCCCGCCCGUGAGGCAGCUGGGCCCGGGCCGCGCGUUGCUGCUGCUGCCGGUCGAGCAGUGUUUUACUUUUAGCGGGAUCUGUCGAGUGACUUGCCUCUAUGGCCAGGUGCAGGUGUUUGGUUUUACCAUCAGCCAAGGUCAGCCUGCCCAAGAGGUCUACUCCGUGUACACGCAGUCUUUCCUGACUAUCCAUGCUGUUCAUUAUUCAAUGCCAGAGAAAAGCAGGAAGGCCAUCAAAAGGGAAGCACGGACUUUGCUCAGAUCUCAUCUUAAUCUAGAGGACAGACGUUGGUCAAUGAAGCAUUUUUCUCCUCUGUGCUCCAUCGUACUGCUGGAACACCUGAAAACCUCCACCGUAAACUUCAUAAUCAGCUACCCAGGUUUAUCCUACAUUUUCAUGCAAGAGAGUCCGACUUUCCAGAAUAAUUCCGAAUAUUUAGCCUUAAGGUCUGUCGGCAUCAGGAAAGAGAAAAGGAAAAAAGGCCUUAAUUUCACUCAGAGUGCUCUGUCCGCACUGGAAGAGUUAGUCAGUGUUUCCUGCGAAGAAGUAGAUGGCUGCCCGGUCAUCCUGGUUUGUGGACCUCAAGAUGUUGGAAAGUCAACGUUUAAUAGAUUCCUGAUGAACCAUUUGUUAAGUAGUAUUUCUUGUGUUGAUUAUUUGGAAUGUGAUCUGGGACAGACAGAAUUUACUCCUCCUGGAUGCGUGUCUUUAUUAAAUAUUACUGAACCAGUUCUGGGACCACCUUUCAUGCACCAAAGGAAACCACAGAAAAUGGUAUAUUAUGGGAAAACUUCUUGUAGAAGCAGCUAUGAAAACUAUAUUGAGAUAAUAAAAUAUGUGUUCAGCUCUUACAAGAAAGAGUCUCCUCUUAUCAUCAACACAAUGGGCUGGGUGUCAGAACAAGGGCUUCUGCUGCUCAUUGAUCUGAUUCGACUGCUAUCCCCCAGCCAUGUCGUUCAACUUAGCUCUCCCAAAAGGAGCUGCAUGCCGAGCCUGACCCCAGACUAUGUAGAUGGUAUGGAUGGCUUGUAUACAAAAAGCAAGUCCAAAGUAAGAAACCGUGGUUUCGAGCUUGCAGAAUUUGCAGAUAUGUUUGAAUUUGCUGAUGAAGAAAAGGAGAGUCCAGUUGUGUUUACUGGAUAUAAAUUGAUGAGCAUUCAGUCAGAAUUCAUAUUCAGGAAAACUUCAAGAAAUAGAGCCUCAUUUAACAAAAUUCUUCGUGAUCUGACAGUGUUAGGUUACCUUAGCCAGCUGCAGCCUCCAGUGCCAAAACCACUUAGUCCUUUACAUGGUCUGACACCCUAUCAGGUACCUUUUAAUGCCGUUGCAUUGCGGAUUACUCAUGCCGAUGUUGCUCCUACCCAUAUACUGUAUGCUGUGAAUGCCAGUUGGGUUGGCCUUUGCAAGAUCCUGGAUGACGUCAAGGGAUACACAAAUGGGCCCAUCCUGCUUGCCCAGACUCCAAUCUGCGAUUGUUUAGGGUUUGGAAUCUGUAGAGGUGUUGACAUGGAGAAACGUCUGUACCACAUCAUUACCCCUGUGCCCCCAGAGGAUUUAAGAACUGUGAACUGUCUGCUUGUUGGAGCUAUUUCCAUUCCACAGCGCAUCUUGAAGAACCAGCGUGGGCUUGAAGGGACAAUUCCUUACGUCACUGCAGAUUACAAUAUCAACCUUCCUGGAGCAUCAGGGAAAAUUGGGGCAAGAGAAACUGAGACAUAUGAAGGGAGACGAUACCCCAAAGUUAAGCAGUUCUAUCAGAAAGCAAAUUGAUCCCAAUGUUUUAAUAAAGGGAAGGGACACUUGUACAAGAGAGCUUUGUAUCAAGCCGGCAUUAGUAGACUGGAUGGAUUUCAGGGCCGUGAAAGGUGCUCUUACGUAGCAGGGUUUUCUGCAUAACUUGUGGACAUACUGUGUAUGAAUAGCUUGAAGUUGCUUUUCUUAAGGCUCCAUGAUCUAGCGUUUGUCCUCAUCUUCUGUACUGUUAGUCAUACUUGCUGCCUGGAGUAUUUGCUAAAGGGAUUUAAAGCAGCAGGCGAAAGUUUGUACACCGGUAAAGCAAAGAAUGUGGUCAAUUCCUCUAAAAGUUCUUAGGACCUGGUUCUGGAAUUAGGAUAAAAAUAAGGAAACUGGGGUACCAGACAUGUGACAAGAGGAAGAAAAGAAGGCUGACCUGCAAGAUCGUAAGUAUAAUAGGUGUGAGGGCUCGCCCUGGUGCUUACUGGAGCUACGUGUGGACUGAGGAUGGGACCCUGGGAGGGGUGGCUGCCACCUCGGAACCCAUAUCAGCGGCUUCAGCCCUGAUUGGUUGUUUUUAUCCCCUGUUCGUUUGAUGCUGUCUCUUCAAGUCAAGUAUUAAAAGAUCAUGUUUGGUCUGUUAUA